CUUGACGAAUCUCACUCUGACUGAGGUGUAAAAGACAAAAAAUAUUCCCCACUUGGGUACACCCCCCCACUGCAAAAAGAAUCAAAACUAGUUGGAGACUGGACAUGGGUCCUAAAAAAAUGCAGCCCCCUCAGCCAGGUCAAAAGAGAAAGGGCGCCGUAGCCGGACACCCAGAAAAAGGUUCCAUCCUUCGCGACACGACGAGGGGAAACGUUAUCUCCGUCAUGAAUCGCAUCCAUCGUGAGGUUAUCGAUCCCAAAAAAUUUGAGGAAACUCGAUCUCGCCGUAAAGAGCGAGAGUUAAUGGUCUUGCAGUAUCCAGAUAAUAAUCACUCCGAGUAUGACGAGAGCAUGGAGGUGGAACUGAAAAUGGAAAAUUGUGUCAGUAUCGACACCUUGGUGAAGAACGUGGGACAGGUUUUGAAAGGGAAGUUUUUACUGUGUCGAACGAUAACCCCGUCGAGCAAGAUGGUCGGAGUGGACGCUGGUGUGGAGGAUGUCAAAGGAGAGAAAGCCAUGCGACUUGCCUUCUUCAAUUACUCGGUUGAUGCUAGAAUGGGGAAGUCGGAUUUCGAGACGGUCCUCCCCUUGGGGAUGAUGCUGAUCGUGAAGAACCCCGUGUUUAAGAAGCCAAUUCCCGAAUCACCCAACUUCGGGCUGAUUGUUGAUAAUCCAGCCGAUGUCGAAUUACUCAGUCCGAAGAGAAUGGAGGCACUCUUUCCAGAUGUCCACUGGAAGUCUGAUCUGCCCGUAGAAUCUCGAGCCUUGUUUAAAUGUCCCCUCUUCUGGGAAUUCUUUUCUACCCAGAGUGAUCUCCAGAUUGCUACCAAGUUGAAGAACGUGGGAAACAAGGCUUUCGUCGAGAAUAGGACAACCGACGCGAUCCGAUUUUACGACCUUGCUUUUGAAUACAUACUUGUGGAGGAGGAAGAGGCUCAAGCGUCGUCAGCACUUUUAAUGGACAUCUUGUCCAACAAGGCUGCCUCUCUGAUUAAAUUGGAAUGUUUUAAUUCAGCCCUAAUUUGCACGGAAAAGGUUCUAGGAAUUAAUAGUGGUCAUGUCAAGGCGAUCUACCGCCACGCCAAAGCCCUCAUCGGACUUGGACGCUACUCUGAAGCCGACAAAUUUCUGGACGAAAAGCUCAAGCAGCUCGGAGAUGAAGAGAAUAAAGAUAUUCUGAGAUUGAGAUCGGUUGUUCCUGAUCUGUUGAAACCACCAGGAAAAGAAAUUAUCCGUACGUUGAGAACCCCCCGACUAAUAACUGGGUCUGAUCAGCCUCAGCCAGAUUUGCCAGUCGGAAUGGCUGACCGCAUCUCCGAAUUUCUGGGACCAAUUGAACUCGGGAAAAGCAAAAUUUGCGAUGGUGAUGGUCUCUUUGCCACUGAAGAUCUCGAACCUGGAACAAUUCUCCUGGUUGGCAAACCUUUCUCCGCGCUAUAUGUUCCGCCAGAGGACAAGGAGGCAUUUUUAUUGAACACGACCACCCACUCGUAUCACAUCGGGGUGAUAGCAAACAAGAUCUGGCUGGAUCCCGACCUUGGGCGUGACCUUUACAAACUGUGGGCUGGGCCUGACCUAAAACCCUUGCUGGAUAAUGCGGAUCCCAAAAUAACAAAAGUUGACAUCGCUCGAAUCAAUAAGAUUUGCGACUAUAACGUCGCCUUUUCUUACGGUGAUCUGGAGAAGGAAGAAACUUAUAUCUCCGAAGGUGUUUAUCCCUCCGCGUCGAAAAUAAAUCACAGCUGCAUUGACGCCAACGUUAUCUAUGCGCAUCAUGAUUCCAGUCUUGUUAUGACGAUCACAACUUUUAAACAGGUGAAAAAAGGAGAAGAAAUUCUUAUGAGUUAUGUCGACGUGCCGCUGCCAAGCGAAGAUUUUAUGGAGAUUUAUGGUUUUAUUUGUAACUGUCGACUAUGCGAACUGGACCGAUCUGAAAGUCCCGUCGUGUUAGCAAAGAGAGAAAAUCUUCUCGAAAGUCUGGCCUAUAACAAGGACACGAAGAGGUAUUUAUUUCAUCCCCUCCUUCUCGCCAACGACUUGGCAAUACUCUGUCAACUGGAACGUCUCCGCGCCGAGACGCCAGACCUGAAUUUCGCCAUGGCGUAUGCUGGAAUUUAUAAAAUUGCCUCCCUCCUAUUCGAGUUACUGGGUCGGUAUCCAGAGGCUUUGUCCAUCUUAGAAAAGACUUACGCCGUGUACCAGAACCUCCCAACCAAUAUUAACCAUCCUAAGAUUGUUGCAACCAUUUUGGCGUGUUGCGUGAAAAUGAACAAGGAAAAGGGACUUCUGGAAAAAUGGACGGAGGAACUAAGGAAAAAUUGUCGACUUUAUGCCGGUACGCUGGAGCAUGUUCGAAAAUUGGAUCAUCCCACACUUCCAGAGGACUUGAGAAAAUUUGGGAUUGAAUUCUUCAAUGAGAUGGAUUAUUGAAUUGAAUUGAUGCUCAACUUAUGUUUUUUUACUGUUUUUUAACAGUACUGUUUGUACGGAUAUUUAUGACUUGAUGUAUUGCAUAAUUAUUGUUAAUUUUCUUUUGAUCAUUUAAUGUUAUGAGUUUGAUGAACAUACUUAUUUACGCAAUAAAUAAUUUUUAAAUUUGAA